GAAGUGUAGGCGUGAGCGGCGGGGCAGCGCAGGGUUUGGGUAGCGGGACUGCAGAAGCUGGCUGCCUCUCCCGGCCGGUCAUGAACGGGCCGGCGGACGGCGAAGUGGACUACAAAAAGAAAUACAGGAAUCUGAAGCGGAAGCUCAAGUUCCUCAUCUACGAGCACGAGUGCUUCCAGGAGGAGCUGAGGAAAGCGCAGAGGAAAUUACUGAAGGUGUCCCGGGACAAGAGUUUCCUCCUAGACCGACUUCUGCAGUAUGAGAACGUGGACGAAGACUCUUCAGACUCAGAUGCCACUGCAUCAUCAGAUAAUAGUGAGACAGAGGGGACACCCAAGUUGUCUGACACUCCAGCCCCUAAGAGGAAGAGAAGCCCUCCGCUGGGGGGGGCCCCCUCUCCCUCCAGCCUCUCCCUGCCUCCUUCAACAGGGUUUCCCCUUCAGGCCUCCGGGGUCCCCUCCCCAUACCUGAGCUCGCUGGCCUCCCCCCGCUACCCCCCAUUCCCUUCUGACUACCUGGCCCUGCAGCUGCCCGAGCCCAGCCCCCUGAGGCCCAAGCGGGAGAAACGGCCCCGCCUGCCCCGGAAACUCAAGAGCACGCGCUCUGGCUGCAGUGCGGAGGAGCUGGAUCUGGGAGAGGCUGCAGGCAGGGAGUCCAGUUAGGAGGCUGGGACCGCAGCCCAGGUGAGCCGAGAGGAGGGCUGGGCCUAGGCCAUGGCUGCGGGGAUCCCGAGGAGGGGCCCAUCCAAGACAUAACGGGCAGAGAAGCCGCCAGGGCUCCAGGCUUAGGCAGCCUGUGAUAACCUCCACUGAACCAGUGAGUCCUGCAGAAGAGGAGGAGGAGGGAGAGGAAGCCGGUGGCACUAGGUGGCACCUUCGGGACCCAGCAGCAGGCAGGCAGGCACUCCAGGCCGACUCCGCCUCUGGCUUAACUUGCCUCAGGGCAGCCCAGGCGCCUCCCUAGAGAGGGCAGGGCCGGGCCUUUCCCUCCCGGUUUCCUGUGAGACACCCCCAUCCCCUCAUCUCACGUCCAUCACCACCCCCAGGCACUUGCUGCUUUGAGACUCACGAGGGGCUGAGGGUGGGCAGGCCCUGAGUGCAGCAUUGGCUGGCCCGGCUGUGCCCAGGGCCCCUUCCCUCUCCCCAGAGCUGCCCUGGGGGGCAGGGCCCGGUCCCCUGAGGCCCUAGUGCCUCCCUGACUAGCCCCCCUGUGUUUCUUCCCCCUGCUGCAGAUGGCGGUGGGACCCCCUGACUGCCCUGUGGGAGGGCCGCUGACCUUCCCUGGCCGGGGUUCUGGGGCCGGGGUCGGGACAGCCCUGACCCCCCUCCCGCCCCCCAAGAUGCCCCCCCCCACGAUCCUGAGCACAGUCCCUCGGCAGAUGUUCAGCGACGCAGGUAGUGGGGACGAUGCCCUAGAUGGGGAUGAUGACCUGGUGAUCGACAUCCCGGAGUGACUGCAACGUUGCGCCACGCCCACCGCAGCCCCACCCAGCGCCUCCCUGUGCAGCACACACGAGCCCAGCUUCCCGGAGGUGUUUAUUGAUACCCAGCUGCCAUGCUCCGGCUACUGACACAACCAGAAAAGGCAUAAACAUGCACGGGUGUCCCCCAGGAGGGUGGCAGGGGCCCUGCCUUCAAACCCUGGCCCCAUCUAGGGGACAGUUAAACAAGUGGCUGGGAGCAUCUGCCACCUGCUGGAGAGGCAGAGACCCUGCGAUCGCCACCCCUUGAAAAGGGCAGCUACCUGUACGGGGCUAGGUUUUUUAAUGAAGUUUCUGUAUUAAAGGAGUGGCUCUGG